CCGGUAUUCUUAUUUCUUGUCACUGUUCGCAACCGUAAUCAAACACCUUCCAUCUCAUCGAUCGAUAUGCGUCGAUUUGAGAGGAUCAACGACGUUGUUGAGUCUGUCGAGGAGUACAGGACUGGGGGCUACCAUCCCGUGCAUCUUGGAGAUCUGUUUCAUCAGAGAUACAAGAUUAUCGGGAAAUGGUCAUAUGGCCAAUUUUCUACUGUCUGGCAUGCAUGGGACAACAGGCUGCAAAGAGAUGUCACGUUGAAAAUCCUCAAAGCUACAGCCUCGGAGAAGAGCAAGGAGCUCCCCGUUCUUAUUCAAUUAUCGCAGCCGGGAAUACCUCACCCCGGCAAGGAACAUGUUCUUUCCCUUCUUGGCCAUUUUGAGCAUAAUGGCCCGAAUGGUUUACAUCUUUGUCUUGUAUUCCCUCCGAUGUUGUCCGACGGAGUGAUCUGCACCCCGCAAACAUUCAAUACGGACCAGCCCAAGUUUCAGAACCUUCUUAUGCCACCAGAGUUUAGUCCCGUCCGCUGGCUCCCGGGCUUUGAAGUAGUCUCGAGUGUUCCACGAUAUUUGAUGGUCUCCCAGCGACCCUAUGGUGUGCUAGAUGAUGCCGAUGCUUCAUCCUUGAUGGUUAAGAUUGGCGAUUUUGGCGGGGGUUGUUUACUAUUCCAGAUUGCUACGAAAGAGCCACUCUUUCCUGUGAUGGCAUCCGGAUGUACCACUGAGGAAUGUCACGCAAAUUUGAAGGAUCUAGUCAAUCAGGUCAUUGGAAAUGGCUAUGGCGGCUUUGCCGUUCACGUUGGAGAAAGGCUGAAAUCCGAUUUUGCUGCCGAAAUUACAGAACAAUUUGCUUCGUUUCUAUGGUCAAUGCUUCAACAGGAUCCACAGUCCCGAUUGUCUGCCAGUGAGCUUCUGAAGCAUCCAUUUAUCCAUUGUUGA